AUAAUAUUUCUAUAAUGUCUGAAUCUAUAAAAUAUGCCAUUGACAUUCAUCCCAAACGCGCUAUUGUCGAGACCGACACGAAUGCGGGUCUUCCAGAGCAAGAAACCAGCGUGUUGACUGGAACCGGCCUUUGUAUUAUCAUGUUUAUGAUCGGGCUAUACUCUACGAUGGACUCGGUCGUCUUUAUUCCGAUUGCAAACCACUUCAACGCUCUUUCGCAGGCCGAGUGGAUCAUCAACGGGUACUUGAUAACAACAACAGCGUUCCAGCCCAUCUACGGCAAAAUAAGCGACAUUGUUGGACGAGUUCCAGCAAUUUUGUUUGCCUCGACCAUGCUUCUCAUUGGAUCAUUGGUGUGCGCCAUUUCGCAGUCCUUGGUUGUUAUGAUCAUCGGGCGCGCGAUCCAAGGCUUGGGCACUGCGGGGAUGUUUACAAUGGCCAACGUGCUGGUCGCUGAUUUGUACAGUGAGCGUGCGCGAGGAAAAUUCAUGGGCCUGUCGUCGGGUGUCUGGUCGCUUGCCUCCAGCGGGGGAUUAGUGCUGGGAGGUGUACUGGUGCAGUUCGCGUCGUGGCGAGUUAUAUUUUGGCUAAACUUGCCCAUCUCUGUCAUUAUCGCGACUGUUGUCAUUUAUUCCAUUAAACUGCCCAAACCGAGUGGCACAAUGAGAUACAAGACCAAGCGUGUGGAUUUCGGCGGCACGGUUAUUUCGCUGCUUAGUAUCGUGCUGAUUCUGCUUGCGCUUGCAUGGGGUGGACGAGAGUACCAUUGGAACUCAGCUAUAGUAAUAUGCUUCUUGGUAUUUGGAGUUUUGACAGGAGCGCUGUUUAUAUUUUACGAGCAUAGGGUUCCUACGGAGCCCAUCAUUCCGCUCCAUUUGUUGCACACACGCAAUAACGUGAUAGCACUCAUCGCGCAGCUAUUUUUUGGUUCAGUGGCAAAUGCGCCAUUGUUUCUUGUGCCAAAAUGGGCGUUACUCGUCAAAAACACUACACCGGUAACAUCGGGCCUGUACCUGCUACCUUACAAUCUGGCGGAGUUUGCAGCAGUGGUUGUUUCGGGUUGGUGGGUUACGCGCACCGGCAGGUACCGGGAGUGUGUGUGGCUAGGCAGCACCAUGCUUUUGGUAGGCCUGACCCCGCUAAUUGUGCUAGACCAAAACUCAGGGCUCGAAAUUAUCAUUGGAUUUCAGAUCGUUGCUGGAAUGGGUUUUGGAGUAUGCAUUCAUUCACUGCUCCUGACUGCGCAAGUCAAUGCCGACGGCCUCGAUUCUGCUAGCACGACCUCGGUGUCCAUGUUUAUGCGCAGCAUUGGUUCUAUUACCAUUGUUGCCGUAUUGGGCUCUGUAUAUGGCAACAAAGUGAAUUAUAUGUUUGCUGAAGUCACCAGACUGUAUCCCGAGUAUGCCGACAAGAUCGCGCUCAUUGCUGAAAACCAGACGUUGAUCCGCAAGCUGGACUUGCCACCGGCCGUGUAUGACCUGCUGGUUGAUGCGUUUAUGAGGAGCAUGCGGGUGGCAUUCAUCGCGCUCAUCCCAUUCUCAGUUAUCUUCAUCUUGCUAGUUGCAAGCAUCAAGCACAAGCCCUUGCAAGUGAUCAAAAAGAUGACAAUUAAAUAGAGUUGCUCAGUUUGCACAACCCAUAUAAUAGAUAGUGUUUGUUUC